UUUGACUGUAAAUUUAUCUCCAAUGAAACUGUCCUGGAAGGACAGAGCAGACAACUGUAAAGAGGUUCUUGGAAAGGAAGCAUGAGAAUGACAAGUAGAAAAAAUGCCAGAAUUAAUGUUGCGCUGCCAGGUUUUUUUUCCUUAGACAACUUAAAAAUGCUUUGUCAUUACAAGUGCUUAUUAUAAAGCUAAGCUGAGAACUACUUGCAUAGCAUACAGUUUGUAGAUGUUCUGGAAGAAUUCUCUGCUUUUUCUUAGAAGGUAACGGGGUAUUAAAAAUUAGAGAGCGACAUCAUUCCACCGUGUUUGGCUGUGGGCUUAAGGAGGAAGUGCUCUCCAUUCUUUAUAUUCGGAAUUUGCACCUACACAGAGCUGCUUUGAAGCACGGACAGUAGAUAAUUUCAGUUGCUCUCCUUAAAACAAUUUGUUCAUAUUUUCUGAAGCCAAAUGAGCUCUUGGCUUAAUGCAGCUGUAAAUCUGUGAACUGCACUUUUCUGGAAGUUUUAACAUGAUGUAUUACUACAAGAAUCAUCACCACGGGGGAUGUGGCUGGACUCAAUCUCUGGAGAUCGCUUCUAACCGCUGCAAUUUUGUGGUUCUGUGAUCAAAGCAUGGUAUUGCUUAGUACGAGUUACCAGUGACAGACCACCUCAAAGCCUCCUUGCUGCUGGAACAGAUGUCAUAAAACAGAGCCUUACAACAUUUGUUUUUUUUUUUUCUCUCAGCAGUACUAAAUCUUGCCCUGACCGCUGUCAGGAAGUUGGGAAUAACGUCCCCCUGCAGAAGGCCCUCGAGCGGGAGGUGAUGGCAAGGCCGCGCAAGCCUCCGCCCAGCGCUUCCCGCCCUUAGCAACGGGUCGCGUCGCCGCCGCCGCAGUUGCGGCCAUGGCGGCGGGCGCUGCGCGGAGCCGGCGGAUCUUCCUCAACCACCUCGAUUCCUACUGCGGCCGCAGCAUCGGCGAGUAUUUAUCCAGUUGUGUUGUCGGAGCGUCGCUAGAAAGCGUGGAAGGAGAGGAGGAGGAAAGUGAGAAUCGCUCGGAGGCUGAAGUUUCCAGGAAGCCAAAGGAGGGACUCUACCAAAUAGUGGGGACUCUCUCUAAGCCAGAGAGUAUUAAACCACGCUUUGCAGAGGAAACAUAUGCAGUCUCCUCUCAGAAAGAGCUCUUAAGCUAUUUGCUUGAAUGUGACAUUAUUUUAUAUAAUAUCACUGAGGAUGCAAACCAAAUCGAGGAAGCAACAUGGGCUGCUUCUGCCCUACAUAUGGAAAUAGAGCAUUUUGCAGCACCAAAAACAUUCAUCCUCAUUUCAACAGUAAUGAGUUGGGCAAAAAGCAACCCCCCUGACCCAGAGGAUUCCGAGAUUCCUUUUACUGAGGAAGAUUAUCGUAGAAGAAAACCUCAUCCUAACUUUAUGGAUCACAUAAAUGCUGAAAAACUUGUUCUCAAACUUGGAAAAAAUAACAAACAAGCAUUUUCAACUUAUGUUGUUGCUUCAGGAAUUCAGUAUGGAGCUGAGGAAGGAGUCUUACACUAUUUUUUUAAGAUAGGUUGGCUUAGCGAGACUAAUGCAAUACCUGUUUUUGGAAAUGGAAACAAUUAUAUUCCAACUAUUCAUGUUCGUGAUUUAGCAGGGGUGUUACAAAACAUAGCAGACCACAGGCCAAGGUUUCACUACAUACUUGCAGUAGAUGAGUCUGUGCACACUUUUCAAGAAUUAAUAAAGUGUAUCAGUAAACAUGUUGGACCAGGGAAAAUUGAGAAGAUUCCACACGAAAAUGCAUUCUUAAGUAAAGAGUUAACGCAAACUCAUGUGGAUAUGUUGCUUGUGAACCUGCGGAUGGAAGCUGUGUUUUUGAAAGAGGCUUUCAACAUAAAGUGGGUUGCUCAAACAGGGCUGGUGGAGAACAUUGAACAGAUUGUUGAAGAGUACAAGCAAAGUCGAGGACUUCUGCCUCUCAAAAUUUACAUUCAUGGUCCUCCAGGGGUUGGCAAAUCUACCAUUGCUGAAGAGAUCUGCAAACACUACAAGCUGCAUCAUAUUAAGAUUAAAGAUGUGAUUUCCGAAUCAAUUGCAAAACUGGAGAGAAUUGUGGCUCCUAAAGAAGUGGACUCAGACAGUGUGAGACAAGAGGGAGAAGAUGAUGAAGAAGAGGGUGAAAAUGUAGAAGAAGCACAUGAGUUGUUAGCUGGAAUUAAAGAAAGCAUGGAGCAGAAUGCAGGUCGUCUAGAUGAUCAGUAUGUUAUUACACUCUUUAAAGAUAAGCUUAAAUCUAUGCCUUGUAGAAAUCAAGGGUAUGUUUUGGAUGGGUUUCCAAAGACCUAUGACCAGGCAAAAGAUCUUUUUAACUUGGAAGAAGAAGAAAUUACAAACAAAAUUCCUAAAUAUGAUGAAAUAAUCACACCUGAAUUUGUGAUAUCUUUGACUGCAUCGGAUGAAUUUCUUAAAAACAGAAUAAUAAAUCUGCCAGAAAGCGUUGUUGCUGGAACUCAUUAUACUCAGGACCGGUUUCUGCAAUCUUUGAAUAACUUCAGGGAGAUAAAUGCAGAAGAUGAAACUGUUCUCAACUAUUUUGAUGAACAUGAAAUACAUCCUCAGUUUAUUGAUGUAGCCAAAUAUGAAGAUUCUGAAAACAGAUUUAUAGUAAAACAGAUCAUCAAGGAAAUUGGGGAACCACGAAAUUAUGGCUUGACAGAUGAAGAAAAGGAGAGUUUGGAACGCAAAGCAGCUGAGGAAUGUCUUGCCAGAGAAGCUAAAGAAAAAGCUGAAAGGAAGCAUAGAGAAGCUGAGGAAAAGGCUGAAAGGAUAGCAAAUUGGGAAGAGUGGAAUAAACAUUUUGAGGAAGUUAAAAAACAAGAACAAGAAUUAUUGGAAGCCCAGUCCAUUCCACUACGAAACUAUUUAAUGAGGCAUGUCAUGCCAACACUUAUGCAAGGGCUAAAUGAAUGCUGUAAGAUCAGACCAGAUGAUCCAGUUGAUUUUCUGGCAGAAUAUCUCUUCAAGAACAAUCCUGAUGUGAAAUGAAAUAGCAGUUUCUACAGCUGUUAGGAUUUAAUACUAAAUAGAAAGGGAGAAUGUUCCCAAUGUUAUUUACAGUAAAAAUUCUUAGGCUUAGUUUUGUUCAAACACUAUUUUUAAAAUGUCCGCUUUUUUACACUGUUCUAGUAUGUGGCAUUGAAGUUUUUAAUAGUCCUUCUCCUGAAGUACUACACAUUGAUUAAUACACAGAUGUGUCUAUUUCAUGCAUCAUCUUCCAACUGUGAACCUUAAGAAUCUGGUUGUUUUUUUUUUUUUCUCCUGGAUUUUUUCAGUUACAUAUUGUAUUUAAACAGCAUUUCUGCUAUGAUCCAUAAAGGAAGUAAGCAGGGAGCCUGAGGAAAGUAUUCUCUUUACACUUUUUUUUGUGUGUGUAUGUUUAAGUUCCUAGAUGUUGCCAGUCCAGAUUACCACCUGAAUCAUUAUCACCUGAAGAUGAAAUAAUUGGUUACUUUAGAAAAAUAUAUAGUUUGAGACUGUCUUAUUUUUACCCUUGCUUUAAAAAAAUACAAUGACACAUGCUUUCUGUGUGGAAUUGCUAUAUAUGCUAUAGAUGUAGUACAUGUACUUUGCUAAGAAUAAAUUUUUGAGCAGC